GUCAACGUCAAAAUCGUGUCAGUUCACAGUUGAAAAAAAUUGUUCGACUCAGCUCAAGAGUCAAGAGGAGCUCCUGGCUGAACAAAUAAACGCGUUUUUCAUAAAUAUUAAAGGUAUUUAAAACCCAGUUUUAAAUAUCUUUUGAAAUUUUGCUGAAAAAAUUUAAUGCGACACGUAUAUAGUGUAAUAGCAGUGCAAACAUUACCCUUAAAAGGAGAUACCUACUCACCAAACAUGUCAAGGAAACUCUCACCAUAAACAUAAAAUCCUUUUUAGUUCUUUUUCUAUUAUUGUGGACAAUUUAUCUCUACUGAUUUGUUUUGUCAAGUGCAGUGCCAUCGUAGUGCAAAUUUAACAUAUAACAAUGCAAGUGCUUGUUCUAAAAUGAUCCUGGCUAGUGGAGGUUUUUUGGACAAAAUAUUUGAGUGUAAGGAUGGCUUCUUUGAGCAGGAGAUCAUGGAAACUUCAAGAUUUCCAAGCCCACAAUGCAAACGUGAAUUGCCUAGCCCUGGGACACAAAUCGGGCAGGGUGAUGGUAACAGGAGGCGACGACAAAAAAGUCAACUUAUGGGCUGUAGGCAAGAAAAGUUGCUUUAUGUCUUUGAGCGGUCACAUCACCCCCAUCGAAUGUGUCCAAUUCAAUCAACUUGAAGAACUGGUCUGUGCAGGUUCCAGAGCGGGAGACCUCAAAGUCUGGGACCUCGAAGCUGCAAAAUUAGUGCGGACGCUCAACGGCCAUAAGAACACUAUAAAAUCUAUAGAUUUUCAUCCGUACGGUGACCUGUUGGCUUCAGGAAGUGGAGAUAGUACUAUAAAAUUGUGGGACACUCGCAAGAAAGGGGUGCUUUAUACUUUUAAUGGACAUGCGGGGCAGGUGAACAGCAUAAAAUUCAGCCCUGAUGGACACUGGCUGGCCUCAGGUGGUGAGGACUCUACAAUCAAAAUCUGGGACCUAAGAAUUGGUAAAGUCUUAAAAGAAUUUCAUGAACAUUUAAAUCCUGUAACUUGUGUGGAAUUUCAUCCGCACGAGUUUCUAUUGGCCACUGGAGGAGUGGACAGAACUGUAAACUUUUUCGAUCUUGAAAACUUUAGUUUGGUGUCAAGUGAGAGUGACUUGGGAGUUAUAAGGGCCUUGUGUUUUAAUCCAGAAGGCGACUGUGUGUUUACUGGGGUCAGGGACUAUUUGAAGAUUGUUGGAUGGGAGCCUAGUAGGCUUCAUGACUCUAUACCGGUGUCUUGGGGGAAUGUUUGUGAUAUUUCUACUGCUCAAAAUCAGUUGGUUGGCGCUUCUUUCUACUUAACAAACGUACAAGUCUACGUAGUAGAUUUAAAAAAAUGCCUCCCAAUGGGUUAUUCAUCUGAAGCCGAUCCUGCCUUAACCGCUAUACCUCCAAGCCCUUUUUUGCAACAUCCCAGCCUCAGGAAGAGUUUUUCAAAAGCUGAACGUCCUGUAAGUUUGAAAGGGCGAAUUUUGGAUGUCAAGACUAUUGAAGAGAGCACUUCCGGGACUGAUCCUGAGGAGGAGUCUGUAGCAGAUAUAACGAAUAUGAAGGAUUAUCAUGAGAUUUUUAGAGGAAAAGGAUUGGUCCGAACUCCUCCACCUGAACCAGAACCGUUUCAAGAACCAGAGCGAGAUUUCACCUCAGUGGUACCGAUAUUGUUCCAGAACAACACCUACCAUGAUCCCACAGAACCUCAAAUACUGGGAGACCAUCAUUUGAGCGAAAACUUCGAAGCUUUGUCUUUGGACAACAAUGUAAACCACUACCACAACUCCGAACCGCCCGCCAUUAGUCCUAACAAAUAUUCUCGAUCGAAAUCAAAUCUAGAUCAAGUUUAUUUGAGUAGAUUAACCAAGCAACAAGACAGAGAAAAUAUUUUGCCUCCUGCAAAUAAUAAAACACCAAAGCCAGCGCCUAAAAUUAGUUUACAACGGCAGACUAGCAAUAAAGAGGGCGUUGAGAGGAGUCGGACUAAGAGCCAGAGUGAGGCUGGGAUUAAACAUAGUGCUUCAGAAGCUAACAUCAAUAGAGGUACGAACGCUUCAUCUAAGGCAAAUUCCAGAAAAAGUUCCUUCUCGAAACCAACCCCAAGGAACUUCACAAGCGUUCCCAAUGUAUCUACAGCAACAAAAAUUAACAACGCCAGAAACCAAGAGACCACGCGCAGGACUUUGAAUUUAACCAACAAUAUCCGACAGCCUGUGGACAUUUACGUUGCCAGCAAGCUGUCACCGGAAGACCGCACUCCUGUGGAAGAAAAAGAUUUCGUACCUUCUUCCCUGGAUCGGCCUGUGGGGGUGGACUUUGAUGACUUUUUGCCUAAAUUCCACGAUAUCCUAGGCCACAGGCAGCAAUUGCCCGAAAUGUCUGAAGUCGAGGGUCUUGGUCUACUUAUGCGCGGACACCAGCCGAUCAUUAGUAUUUUAGCAACGAGGAAAAGGAGCUCGCGGCUGGUGUUUGCUCAUUUUAGGAAUAAAGAUAUUAAAAGUGCCAUCGAGUCGGCAGUCGCUAUGGACGAUAUCAGUACUUUGGUUGAUAUUUUGGGUGUUAUUAAUACAAAAUUCUCAUUAUGGAAUUUGGAUCUCUGUGUGGCAGUCUUACCGAAACUUUUGGAUCUGCUACAAAGCAAAUAUGAACAAUACAUGACGCUAGGCUGUACCACCCUCAAACUAAUCUUGCGCCAUUUCGGUCCAGUAAUCCGAAGCAACAUCCAAGCUCCAGUAGGUUCGUUUGGCGUUGAUAUACCACGCGAGGAACGCUACCAAAAAUCCGUUAAAUGUCACGAAAUGUUGUCGCAGCUGCGCAGCUGUGUCGUGAAAAAAUUGUCGCUACCCGGUAACCUUGGGGCCAGCUUCAAGGACGUGCAAGCCAUGAUGGUGACGUCGCUGGACUGACGAAACGUCUCUCGGAAGGUGGCGCUGGUGACGUUCAAAAACGCGAGUAUCUAAUUUAUAAACACUCCUUCCCGCAUCAAGAUUUUUUUUAAUAACAAAAAAUGUGAUAUUAAUUUUCUUGUAUAUUUGAUAAGACUAAUUGAAUAUGAACUUUAUUAAUUUUCCUAUUUUUGACCAAUAAUAAUUAUGUAUUAAAUUUACUAAAAUAAAAUAUAAUUAAAUAAGACUUGAAAGGUCCGUCCAUAAAUGUGUAUUAUGUAGAAUGCCUCCCCUCAUAUAGAUUUUGUAUUAUUCACAUAUAAAAAAUUUGUAAUCAAAACUUGGAAAGAAUCUUCUAAGUUGACAAAAAAAAGUUUAGGUAAUAAUUCAAUUACAAAAAUAGGUGUUUUGUUUCAACCUUAAAAUGUCUAAGCAGCCAUAUUUUGUCAGAUUCAAAAAUUAGUUGUACAAUUUCCAUGUAUUGGAACAAAUCUAAUAAUUAAAUUAGUUUAUUUUCCAAAAUGUAUUUUUAUUUAGUUAAGGCAUACAUUUGGCACAUUAUUUUUUAAUUAUUUAUUACAUGGUUAGACUGUGUUGACUUUUCAAUAUUUAAAAAUCUUGCCUCCAUUGUUUAUGUGCCAUUUUUAUCUUUUGUAAUCAAUUUUUGUUGAUCCAAACAGUGGCUUUUUACAAUUAUUUUGAUCAAUAUUAGUUUUUAGUUUAAUUCAAAUUUUGUAUUAAACUUUUUCUUUUAGAUUUUAUCUAGUAUAUUAUAAUUUGUAUUUAUUUAAUUAUUCUUUAGGAAACAAAUAAUAGAGAAGUAUUAACAAAUUGUAAAGAUAAUAAAAGAAUUUUUAAAUUUU